ACAUCCUCCUUUUACCAAUGAGCUGUGCCGGCUCGGAUUCCUCCAGGGCCGAGGGAGUUCGCGGGAAACCGGGUAUAGUCGGGAUGCAGCAUAGAUAACUCGGGAGUUUAACCGCUUUCUUUGUUACAAAACCCGUGUGACAUUACCGAUCAAUUUUAAGCUAAUGCCGUUAAAAACGGAGGUGUGACACAGCUUUCUUACCCUCUAUGCUAAUAUCUGGCGCUAGUUAGCGGGCUGUCACAUCGUGCAUCACGUUGUGCUUCAUACGGCUGAACAGGAAAAAAAUACGGCUGAGUAGGACGAGACAAAGAAGUGCCGCUGUUAGGCACAUAAAGGACCUGGUAAAAUGAGUCUCUUCAAUUUAGACCGGUUCCGUUUUGAGGGGAGGCCAUGCAGCAAGGACCAGGUUAACGGGUCAAAAAGUCUAGAGUCUGAAAAGGAGAACAAGCCAGCCCGGACAAAGCCUGUCAAAGCCCCACCAAAAUCCCACGCCCGAGGAGUUGCUUUUGAGGAAGUCUUUACUGUUGAUUUAGAGGAGGAUGAAGUCAUUUCUGAACCAAAGACCAAGAUAUCUUUAACAAAAAAAUCCAACAAGCCUGCUGGUAAAGCAUCCCAAACUGUAGUGCUGGAUGAUACGGACAAUGAAUUGGAUGACAAAUUGAACAGGCUAAUAGAGAUGUUUCCUCAGCUGACAAGACCGGAUGCGCUGGAGAUUGUUGAAAGUACAAGCACACUGGAUGGGGCUGUAGCUGCUUGCCUUUUAAAAUAUGGUGAUAAAGAAGCCCCGAGUCAAAGCAGGAAGAGAAAGCAGGAUGGAAGCAGCAGCUCUAAAGACAGUGUUGAGAUUCAACCUAGCAAGAAGACAAAACCAUCAGCGGCCUCUGAUGAGGAAGAAGAUGAGGACAAAGAGCUGAGCUGGGAGAAGCAGGAAUCUAUGGUCAGAAGACUGCAGAAGAAAUUUCCUGACCAGGAUAAGGUGGAGCUAAGGAUGGUGCUGCAGGAGCAUGACUGGAAUUUUGAAGAUGCUCUGCAGGUCCUACAGAUGUUCACAGACACAGAUAAUACAAGUUUCAGCUCGCAUGGGUCAGAAGGAAAGGUAUCCAGCAAAUCAAAGAAGAAAGACAAGUCAAAGAGAAAGCUGAGCCACCAAGAAGACCAGAAAAAUGGUGAAAAGAGGCAAGAUUAUGAGGAGUUUGAAGACCAUGUCAGCGAAACGGAGGAUGACAGUACAGAUGAUUCUGAUAAUACAAAGGACAGUGAAGAUGAUUCUGACUUGGAAGACAACGAAGACUCCAAAAAGAAAAGUGCCACUCUGUCUUCUUGGAUUGUAAAAAAAUCUGGUCCAGCGGCUUCAUCGUCCUCUGCCAACAAAACUACUACCUCUUCCUCGCUGAAGCCCUCUUCCUCGCUGAAGCCCUCUUCCUCGCUGAAGCCCUCUUCCUCUUCAUCUGCUGCCCAGACUUUGUCCAGAUUUGCCAGUGGGACCAGCAUAGCUAAGAAGCAGGCGGCAGAGAGAAAGAGGAAGGCGCGUGCCUCAGAUGAACAUGUCAGUUCAGAGGGCGAAAACGACUAUGAAGACACAGUAAGCAGCGAGUUUGAGGAUUCAGAUGAUGAGCUGGACUCUAACGUAGGCAUGACAGAAGUGAAGAAGGAGAUUCUUGCAUUCUUCCGGGAUGCAUCAUUAGACGAACUGUCACUAAUGUCCGGGUGCUCCAUUAAAAAGGCACAGAAAAUUGUGGAACUGAGACCCUUUAACAGCUGGAAAAGCUUGGUUGAAGCUCUCAAUAAGAACAAUGGACUUUCAGAAGACUUGCUGCUGGGCUGCAGAGUCGUCCUCAAGGAGAGGAAGGUUGUCCUGGGGCUGAUGUCCAAAUGUGAGAUGAUUUCAUCAAAAAUGGUCAAACAAGUCACUCAAAUGAUGGAGAAAGGGACAGGAGCCAUGAAACAGCCCAGAGUGCUCAACACUCAGUUCCAGCUGAAACCCUAUCAGCUAAUUGGGCUAAAGUGGCUGCUGCUUCUUCAUGAGCACAAAUUGAGCGGUAUCCUCGCUGAUGAAAUGGGUUUAGGGAAAACUAUCCAGGCUAUAGGAUUUCUAGCUCAGCUGUACCAGAAUGGUAUUGAAGGGCCUCACCUCAUCACUGUGCCUUCUUCUACACUGGAUAACUGGGUCAGAGAGAUGAAACUCUGGUGUCCAGAUCUCAAAGUUCUCGUCUAUUAUGGAUCUAUAGAAGAUCGUCGCUACCUCAAACAUGAUAUCCUGAAUGGAGAUGUUGACUUCAAUGUCAUUGUGACCACUUAUAACUUGGCAAUAGGAAACGACAGCGACCGCAGCCUGUUUCGUAAGCUGCGGCUGAAAUAUGCCAUUUUUGAUGAGGGCCACAUGCUGAAGAACAUGAACUCUUUGCGCUAUCGGCAUCUUAUGGCUAUUAAUGCAGAGCAUCGCUUGCUGCUGACAGGAACUCCGUUACAGAACAACCUCUUAGAGCUGAUGUCUCUGCUGAACUUCAUCAUGCCAUCUAUGUUCUCCAGCUCCACUACCCAGCUCUCAAAAAUGUUUUCUAUGAAAUCACAUGAAGAGCAGAGUCGUUUCGAGAGGGAUCGUAUUUCUCAGGCCAAACUCAUCAUGAAACCUUUCAUCCUCCGACGGCUCAAGAGCGAGGUCCUUCAGCAGCUUCCAGCAAAGGAAGAGAAGGUGGAGUUCUGCUCAAUGAGUGAGAAACAGCAGGGUCUGUACCAGAACCUCUUUCAGAAACUCAAAUCCACCACGAAUGGCGAAAAGCGAGAGUUGUGUAAUGUGAUGAUGCAGCUGAGGAAGAUGGCCAACCACCCUCUGCUUCAUAGACAGUACUACACCACUGAAAAACUAAAAGCCAUGAGCAAGCUUAUGCUCAAGGAGCCAACACACUUUGAUGCAGAUCCUGUUCUGAUACAGGAGGACAUGGAGGUGAUGUCAGAUUUUGAGCUGCAUCGUCUGUGCCAGCAGUACUCGACCAUCAGCUCCUACCAGCUUGAAAAUGAUCUCCUGUUUGACUCUGGAAAAUUCCACCACCUUACAAAGCUGCUGGCCUCACUUAAAGAGAAGGGGGACCGAGUGGUAUUAUUCAGUCAGUUCACCAUGAUGCUUGAUAUUGUGGAAGUGCUGCUGAAACAUCUUAUGCAUCGUUACAUCAGGCUGGAUGGAUCCACACCCAUAGCGGACAGGAUUGUGUUGAUUGAUGAGUUCAACACAGACCCUGACAUAUUUGUGUUCCUGCUGUCAACCCGUGCUGGCGGCCUCGGCAUAAACCUGACCUCAGCUAACGUUGUCAUCCUACAUGACAUCGACUGCAAUCCCUACAAUGACAAACAAGCAGAGGACAGGUGUCACCGUGUGGGCCAGACCAGAACUGUACAGGUGAUUAAGCUGAUCAGUAAGGACACUAUAGAGGACUGCAUCCUGCAACUGGGCAACAAGAAACUAAAGCUGGAGCAGGACAUGACCUCAUCUGAACAAAGUGUUGAGGGGACCAUACCUGAGGAUAUGGCAUCUUUGAUCAAAGCCUCACUGGGACUGUGAUACACAAACAUGCGAAACUUGAAACUGUACAAAUGCAUUUGUAUGGGGUCUCCUGAGAUUUUGGGAAGACUUGAGUAUUCUGACUGAGCUAACACCAUUGUGUCUGUACUUGAGAACUGCUGUAAACCAUAAACUGCCAUGCAAACACUGAAAUCCGAUAGAUCAGAUUUACAGUGUGACAUGGCAGCUGUGCCUAAAACAGUUUUUACAUACGCACAGUUUUUGCUCUCACUUUGACUACAAGACCAGUAUAAACUGCAUUUUAGCCUCUGCAUUUUGUAAGUGUACCAAGCAGUAAAAACUUGAAAGAGUGUGAUUUUUAAAUCUUUAGUAAUAAAAAGGUAUUUAAAGUACACUAUCACAUUGGUCUGACAGAAUUAAAGUGUCAUUUCAGUUUAAACAUAUGCAGUGUUGCACUGCUCACAUUCAGAUAAAAGUAACAUAGUGGUAAGGAGAAUGAUGCUUACUUGCCAAACUUUGAUACAGGAAAUAUUUCAAAAUCUAGGACUUAAAGAAAAAGGUUCGAGCAUGGAGAAUGGUGGAUAUAUUUUUACCCGUCGGUCCAUACAGUGUUACAAUAUGUUUGCGUGUUCAGAAAAAUACAGUUCAAAUAGCAAGUAUACUGAAAAUGAUAUUCACCUUAAAUUCCUCUACCAUUUCUGAUUUAAAAUUUGUGGCUGCAUCACAUGCAUAUGGACUCUGUCAGUGUUAAGUGUAAUGUCUUACAUUUCAUCCUGUUCUCAUAUUCUAAUUGCAUAUUUAGGAAAGGCAGACUGCAUCAAGCAUACAGAUAUUUUAAUUAUCCUGGUAUGUAAGAAAAAACCUAUGGUGCUUGAAUUUCUUUCAUAGCUGUUUCUACUCUUUUAAUUAUCAGGCCGAGAGAAGACUUUUCGAUUUAAUAAAGCAGCUGCCGCAUUAGUGUGCUGUAUAAGUAGAUAAUGUGUUGUUAUUGUAAAAGUGUUACUGUAAAAGCUUUUACUAAGUCAUUUGUAUGUUUGUUUGUUUUUUUUUAGUUUCCUGUCAAAACUGAAUAAUAAAUAUUGGAAUAAU